AUGGAUGCAAAUAAAUUGAAAGCAAUAUUACAACAAAUUGCUAUUAAUACAGGAAUAAACCUCAAUAGCAAGCGAAAAAUUACUAAUCAUAGUGCUUAUCGUAUAAAUAUAAUAAUACUCAAAGCAUCUGAUGUUUUAGAUGAAGUGAUGAUAUUUUCAGAAUAUUAUUCUCAAGAAGCAUAUAAUGAGGAUCUUGAGUCUUAUUAUUCUUUUCUUAGUGAUUCAUAUCAUUAUAUUAAUUAUGAAUCUGAUGACUAUGAAGAUAAUGAUAAUGAGAUAAAAAUUCAAGAUUCUGGUGCUAAUACUACAAACUCAAAUACUAUGUUAAAUGCAAACUCCAAUAUUAUAUCAAACUCAAGCCAAUCGAAAAUUUUAAGUAUUUAUAUUAUUUUUAAAUUAAUUGUAUAUUAA